AUGGAUAAACAAAACCGAACAGCAGUCAAGGAAUUCAUUCUGAUGGGGAUCACAGACCGCCCUGAGCUCCAGGCUCCCUUUUUCGGGCUGUUUCUCAUCAUCUACAUGAUCUCAGUUAUAGGCAAUGUGGGCAUGAUCAUCCUCACCAAAAUAGACUCCAGGUUACAAACACCCAUGUAUUUUUUUCUCAGACACUUGGCAUUUAUUGAUCUUGGUUAUUCAACUGCUGUGGGACCCAAAAUGUUGGUCAAUUUUGUAGUGAACCAAAAUACAAUCCCUUAUAAUUGGUGUGCUGUACAGCUUGCUUUAUUCAUAAUGUUUAUCAUAAGUGAACUUUAUGUUUUGUCAGCAAUGGCUUAUGACCGCUAUGUGGCCAUCUGCAACCCUCUGCUGUAUACGGUCAUCAUGUCUCAAAGAGUAUGUUGGGGCCUGGUGAUUGUUCCCUAUCUCUACAGUGCCUUUCUCUCUCUCCUGACCACCAUCAAGAUUUUUAUUUCCACCUUCUGUGGUUAUAAUGUCAUUAGUCAUUUCUACUGUGACAGUCUUCCCUUAAUGACACUGCUGUGUUCAAGCACACGUGAUGUUGAACUGAUAGUUCUGAUCUUCUCAGCAUUCAAUUUAGUUUCCUCCCUCCUAAUAGUGCUUGUGUCCUACAUGCUGAUCCUUGCAGCGAUCCUCAGGAUGAAAUCUGCAGAGGGCAGGUACAAGGCCUUCUCCACGUGUGGAUCCCACCUGAUAGUAGUAACUGUGUUAUAUGGAAAUCUAUUCUUCAUGUAUGUCCAGCCCAAAUCCAGCCAUUCCUUUGAUAGUGAUAAGAUGGCCUCUGUAUUUUACACGGUGGUAAUACCUAUGCUGAAUCCCAUCAUUUACAGCUUGAGGAACAGAGAGGUAAAGGGUGCCUUGCAUAGAAUAUGGAAAAAUCUGUGCAGAAUUCCUAUUUAA